CUAUUGGUCCGGGUGUGUCACGCGGGGCGACACUGUACGAUGGCGGCCCAGCGAGACACAGAGGGGCGCUCGGCGGCCCGGCCGAUGCUCACCGACCUGUACCAGGCCACCAUGGCGCUGGGCUACUGGCGCGCCGGCCGGGCGUGUGACCCCGCCGAAUUCGAGCUCUUCUUCCGCCGCUGCCCGUUUGGUGGCGCCUUUGCCCUGGCAGCAGGUUUGCGUGACUGCGUGCGCUUCUUGCGCACCUUCCGCCUGCAGGACGAAGACGUGCAGUUCCUGGCCUCGGUGCUCCCCGCAGACACGGACCCAGAGUUCUUCCAGCACCUUCGGGACCUAGACUGCUCCUCGGUGACCUUGCGGGCCCUGCCUGAGGGCUCUCUCGCCUUCCCCCGUGUGCCCCUACUGCAGGUGUCAGGGCCACUUCUGCUUGUGCAGCUUCUGGAGACUCCGCUCCUCUGCCUGGUCAGCUACGCCAGCCUGGUCGCCACCAAUGCAGCUCGACUUCGCCUGAUCGCAGGGCCUGAUAAGCGACUGCUGGAGCUGGGCCUUCGGAGGGCUCAGGGCCCAGAUGGGGGCCUUACUGCCUCAACCUACAGCUACCUGGGUGGGUUCGACAGCAGCAGCAAUGUGCUUGCCGGGCAGCUGCGGGGUGUGCCGGUGGCUGGAACCCUGGCCCACUCCUUCAUCACAUCGUUUUCUGGCAAUGAGAUGCCCGCUGACCCAAUGUUGGCUACGGCUGCUGGUGAGAGUCCCAAGGUGGACCUGGCUGCCAGUGUAAAGUUGUGGUUGGAGCGAGUGUGUGCCUAUCUGGGGCUGGGUGUGCAGGAGCCACACCCAGGGGAGCGGGCAGCUUUUGUGGCCUAUGCUCUGGCCUUUCCCCAGGCCUUCCAGGGCCUGCUGGACUCCUACAGUGUGAGGAGGAGUGGUCUCCCUAACUUCCUAGCAGUAGCUCUGGCCCUGGGAGAGCUGGGCUACCGGCCAGUGGGUGUGAGGCUGGACAGUGGCGACUUGCUUCAGCAGGCUCAGGAGAUCCGAGGGGUCUUUCGGACUGUGGCAGCCCAAUUCCAGAUGCCCUGGCUGGAGUCAGUCCCCAUCGCAGUCAGCAACAACAUUGACGAGGAGGAGCUGGCCCGACUGGCCCAGGAGGGUAGUGAGGUAAACAUCAUUGGCAUUGGUACUAGUGUGGUCACCUGUCCCCAGCAACCUUCACUGGGCUGUGUCUACAAGCUGGUGUCUGUGGGAGGUCGGCCCCGGAUGAAACUUACCGAGGACCCUGACAAACAGACAUUGCCAGGGAGCAAGGCUGCCUUCCGGCUCCUGGCCUCUGACGGAUCUCUGCUGUUGGACCUGCUGCAGUUGGCAGAAGAGCCACCACCCCAGGCUGGGCAAGAGCUGAGGGUUUGGCUUCAAGGUGCCCAGGGGCCCAGCAUUGUGAGACCAGCCCAGGUGGAGCCACUGCUGAGACUCUGGCUGCAACAAGGACAGCUAUGUGAACCGCUUCCGUCUCUGACAGAGUCCAGAGCCUUUGCCCAGUGGUCCCUGAGCCGCCUUAGCCCAGCACAUAGGCAGCUGAAGAGCCCUCUGCUGUACCAGGUUGCACUCUCUGAGAAGCUUCGAGGUCUGGUGGACAGUCUGAGUAGCCUAGGUACCCCAUGAGAAUUCCAGGGGUAGGAACUGCCUAGAAUAACACAUAUCACUUGCUGUCCCUA